AACCCUACAGGUCGCCCGACUGCUCUUCCUCUUCUACUCUACACCCCACCUGCAGAGGCUCAACCGCUCCCUCCUGCCUUACCCAUUCCCUUCUUGAUUCCCCUUCUUCCACCUUGUCCCUCUUCUUCCCUCAAUUGCAUCAUGCGCUACAGCAUUGCUCUCACCGCCGUCCUUGCCGGUCUUGGUCUGGCUUCCGACGUCACUGACCUCAAGACCGAUACCCUCCAAGGCUUCGUCGAGGAACAUGAUCUCUCUUUGAUCGAGUUCUUUGCUCCCUGGUGUGGCCACUGCAAGGCCCUCGCCCCCGAGUACGAGGAGGCAGCUACCACCCUCAAGGAGAAGAAGAUCCCCCUCGCCAAGGUCGACUGCACAGAGGAGCAGGAUCUGUGCCAAAAGUAUGGUGUCGAGGGUUACCCCACCCUCAAGGUCUUCCGUGGCCCUGAGAACAUCACCCCAUACUCUGGCCAGCGCAAGGCCGAUGCCAUCAUCUCCUACAUGACCAAGCAAUCGCUCCCCGCCGUUUCCACCCUCACCAAGGACACCGUGGAAGAGUUCAAGACCUCCGACAAGGUCGUUCUCGUCGCCUACUUCGCCGCUGACGACAAGGCCUCCAACGAGACCUUCACCUCCGUCGCCAACGGUCUCCGUGACAACUACCUCUUCGGUGCCAUCAACGACGCCGAACUCGCCAAGAAGGAUGGUGUCAAGCAGCCUGGUCUCGUUCUCUACAAGACUUUCGACGAGGGCAAGGAUGUCUACACUGGAAAGUUCGAGAAGGAGGAUAUUGAGUCCUUCGCCAACGUCGCAGCCACUCCCUUGAUUGGUGAGGUCGGUCCCGAGACAUACAGCGGAUACAUGGCCGCCGGUAUUCCCCUGGCCUACAUUUUCGCUGAGGAGCCCGAAGAGCGUGAGACUCUUUCCAAGGAGCUCAAGCCUGUCGCCGAGAAGUUCAAGGGCAAGAUCAACUUCGCCACCAUCGACGCCAAGUCUUUCGGUCAACACGGAGCUAACCUCAACCUCGAGGUUGGCAAAUGGCCCGCUUUCGCUAUCCAGCAGACCGACAAGAACCAGAAGUACCCCUUCGACCAGACCAAGUCCAUCACCGCCAAGGAGAUUGGCUCUUUCGUCGAGGACUUCGUCGCUGGCAAGGUCGAACCUUCCAUCAAGUCUGAGCCCAUCCCCGAGUCCAACGACGGCCCUGUCACCGUUGUUGUCGCUAAGAACUACGACGAUCUUGUCAUCAACAACGAGAAGGAUGUCCUACUUGAGUUCUACGCUCCGUGGUGCGGUCACUGCAAGGCUCUUGCUCCCAAGUACGAGGAGCUCGGUGCUUUGUACUCCUCCCCUGCGCUGUCCAAGCUCGUAACUGUCGCCAAGGUUGACGCUACCGCCAACGAUGUUCCCGAUGAGAUUCAGGGCUUCCCCACCAUCAAGCUCUUCCGCGCUGGUAAGAAGUCGGAACCCAUCGACUACUCUGGAGGCCGCACUGUCGAAGACCUUGUCAAGUUCAUCGAGGAGAACGGCACACACAAGGCCGCCGCCGUCAUCGCUGAGAAGGUCGACGAGGUUGUCGAGGAAGCUCCCAAGCAAGCCGAGGCUGCCUCCGAGAAGGCUUCCUCAGCUGCCUCUGAGGCGAGCGAGCAGGUUUCCGAGAAGGCCACCAAGGCUACCGACAGCGCUAAAUCGGCUGCUUCGGAAGCUACCGAGUCGGCCAAGUCGGCCAAGGACCACGUCGUUGACGAAUUGUAG